CUUUAAUUCAGCAGGCCCCACUUUAAGUUAUAUGAAUGUUGUGCAAUUUUAAUGUCUGUUCUUUUUAAUUUUUAUAUGUUCCUCCUCCCUGCUUUAUCUGUAAGCCGCCCUGAGUCUCUCGAGAGUGGGCGGCAUACAAAUCCUCAUAUGUAUUUACGUUUACGUAAACAUAAACGUAAAUACAUAUGCUGGUUUUGGGGGCACUCAGGAAAUAGAAAUUUGUAGCUCCCAGUGUUUUCUUUUCCGUGGGAAACGGGUCCAAAUGGCUCUUUGAGUGUUAAGGUUGCUGACCCCUGACCUAUAUGAUGAAAAUUCAGGACUUUGAUACCUGGCAUGGAUUUUAUGAUGUUUGCAGUAUCUCAAGGUCAUGUGAUUGUCACUUGCAAUCUUCCCAGCCAGCUUCCAAAAAAGCAAAAGCAAUGGGAGAAGCUGGAUAUGAUUAAUGACCAUAAGCUUCACUGAACAAUCACGGUGAUUUGCUAUACUGUGGCAAAAAGGAUUGCGAAAUCAGACAUGACUCAAUUAACAACCACUUUGCUUAGCAACGGAAGCUCCAAUCGUAGCUGUGGUUGUAUGUUGAGAACUACCUGCAACUGGUACAUCCGUUUAUUUAUUUUACAGUGACAAGCCAUUAUUUAUGGUGGCAAAUCAUAUUUAUUUUAUUAUUCUCUAUGUGCUUUCUUUGAGUUAUUAAGUACAGAUACAGUAAGAGGCAGGCAUAAUGUAGUAAACACUUAAAAUUAUGAUGAUGUUAGUUUUAUCAUUAUUUGAAUGUCAAUUUGUAUACAUAACAGGACACAAAAUUAUGGAUAAUAAUGGAAUACCUUGGUGGUGGCUCUGCCCUUGACCUUUUAGAACCAGGUUCGCUGGAUGAAAUCCAGAUUGCUACAAUAUUAAGAGAGAUUCUGAAAGGACUCGAUUAUUUGCAUUCAGAAAAGAAAAUUCAUAGAGAUAUUAAAGCUGCUAAUGUGCUCCUCUCAGAACAAGGAGAAGUCAAGCUAGCAGACUUUGGUGUAGCUGGACAAUUAACUGAUACACAAAUAAAGAGAAACACAUUUGUGGGCACACCAUUUUGGAUGGCACCAGAAGUAAUAAAGCAAUCUGCUUAUGAUUCAAAGAGACCAACGGCCAAAGAACUCCUGAAGCACAAAUUUAUAAUACGAAAUGCAAAGAAAACUUCCUACUUGACAGAUCUCAUUGACAGACAUAAAAGAUGGAAGGCCGAGCAGAAUCAUGAUAAUUCCAGCUCUGAAGAUUCAGAUGG